AUGGAGCGUGAGCUUUGGGGCUUCUUCGACGGAUCCGAAGUGAAGCCUCCAACCGCCUCGACAACGGAGCAUGGAGCAUGGGUGAAGAAGGACAAGAAGGCGUUCUCGUUUCUCGUGUCGAAGCUCGGACUUCAACUCGUGCCGGUGGUGAGCUCGUGCAUCGACCUUGAAGGAGCUACACGUGAAGCUUUGAGGCGCCUCGAGAACAUCCACGUGACGAAGUCUCUCCACGGCAAGUUGCAAGCGAGGAGGAACUUCUUCACCGUGCGCAUCAAGGAGGGCGAACGCAUGCGCGCGUACGUCAACCGCGUUGAGGAGCUUGGCGAACGAAUGGUGGAGCUUGAAGCGGACGUGGAUGAGAAGGAUUGGAUCAUGACGCUUCUCGGAGGGCUCGGAGAGGAAUGGUCAACCGUCAUCACCACCCUUGACGGCACGCAAGCGACGUGGACCAAGGAGGGGGUGACGACGCGCCUCAUCAACGAGGAGAUGCGGUGGAUCAACUUGAAAGGCGAUUCAACGAGUUCGGCUCACUUCACGCGCGGCGCGAAAAAAGGCGUUGUCUACACCAAGCCACGGAAUGACCGUGGGCAUGCAAGUGGAAGCGUGAGCUCUUCACGUGGAGGACAUGCCAACAACAACAACAACCGUGGUCAUGCUCGUGAAGGAGCAUGCUGGUAUUGCAAGAAGCCCGGGCAUUGGUGGCGCGAGUGUCGGAGCAAGCCAAGGGAUUGGACUCCAACGUCUUUAAUUCAAGAGGAGAGGCGCGCGAACGUGGUGACUUCGGGAGAAGACACCAAGGAGCUCGUGUUCAUCGCGGGAGAAGGAGCUCUUGGCGGGCUCGCAUGGCUUCUCGACACGGGCGCUACACAACACAUGACGCCGCGCGCGGAGCUUCUUGAGGAUGUCUCGGCGGAUGCUCAUAUCAAGCGCGUGGUCUUCGGUAAUCAAGACUCGCUUGAGGUGGAGGGACGCGGAACGUUGCGCAUCGCGGUGGACGGCGGUCCAAUGACAAUCAACAACGUGUUGGUUGUGCCGGGACUCGGCGCCAACUUGCUCUCCGUGUCACAACUCACCACCAAGGGAAUGCGUGUCAACAUCGAAGGCGCGGUCAUGACAUUGAGCACGUCUUCCGGGCGCUUCAUCGGCAAAGCGCAUCAAGACGGCGGAAUCUUCAAGCUCGUGGCUACACCGAACCUUGCGUCGGCGCACGCGGCGGUGGCAAAGCCUUCAUUGGAGAUGUGGCACAACCGCUACGGGCACUUGAGCGCGUCAACCAUCCGCGCCAUGGCAACUCAAGGCGUAGUGCACGGGAUCGUCAUCGACUCGUCAACAAACGAGGAGGUGGAGAAGUGUUCGGCGUGUCUUGAAGGGAAGAUGGCGCGGAAGCCGUUUCCAACUCGCACGAAGCCUCUCGCCUCCAACCCGCUCGAUCUCGUCCAUACCGACUUUGGCGACAAACCGGACGUCUCCAACCUCCGUACCUUCGGGUGCAUUUGCUACUAUCACGUUCCCGAUGCUACACGCACCAAGCUUGAGGCGAAGGCGCGUGUGGGGAUGUAUUUGAGCCAUAGCCUUGAUCACAAGGGAUGGCGGGUGUGGGACUUGGAGAGCGGAAAGGUGGUGGUGUCGCGCGACGUCUCAUUCUUCGAGAACCGCUUCCCAACUUCACCAAAAGAGAAGCAUUCGGUCGUGGUCAUCCCUCCAACGGUUGAAGACACGAAUGAGUCAUCUUCUCACGAUGUUCCCAAGGAGAGGAGUGUUCAAGACGAGGAGGGAGAUGUUGUUGAAGUGGUUGGAGUGGAGAGUGAGAAGGAUGGUGAUCCUUCUACCGUCGUCGCUCCAACGCUUGCAUCUACUCGCGCUCGAAGAACUCCUCGUCCGAACCCGAAGUACGCCGACUACUCGCUUGUGGUGGAGGAUGAUGAGGAAGGGGAAGAUGCCAUGUGCUUCAUGGCCGACUUCACACCUACCACCUACCGUGAGGCGAUGGAGACGCUCCAAGCCGGUAAUUGGACUCAAGCACUCAAUGGGGAGUACGAGUCCAUUAUUGAAAAUGAUGUCUAUGAUCUUGUCCCUUUGCCCCCAAAUAGCUACACCGUUGGGUCCCGAUGGGUCUUCAAGAAGAAGCUUGGGCCGAACGGGGGAGUGUUGGAAGUCGGUGGGGGGCCAAGUGGUCCCCACUACACACCCCUCCAACCUUACCAAGUGGGGUUGGGUGGCGAGAGUUUGGGCGGAAGGGUGGCGGUGCACACAAGUCAAGGGUUGCACUUGGGUGGUAGCUAG